CAUCUGUACACAACGGCGGAAAAAAAUCAUUAAGAAUGUCGGUGCAUGGGAAAGCAAUUGCAGCAACAAUCAUUGUGAUUUUUGCUAUCAAUUACGCGAAAUCCGAGUGUGCAGAGGCAAAGCCAUGCCUCUGCGUUCGUCCUGACGGCAUGGGGCUGAGUCUAGCGGCCUUGGCUGGCAUCGGGCCUUUGAAAAAUGACAAUGGUAGUGUAGUCUUUCAACCAUGUAAAAAUGCGAAUUUGACGUUUCCACACUCUGUUGCUCCUCAGCCGCCGGAUCCCUCCAAUGACUGUCAUAAUACCUCGCUAUGCUGGCUGAAUAAUGACAACAAUACUAUAAACCUGGGAACAAUAGAAGAAACUCACUGGCAUUGGUCGGAGAAAAAUCCUGAACUGAUCAUCUCACAUGGGUCUCGUGAGUCCCACAUCGAGCUGAUCUGUGCCAAUCGGGGAGAUGGACCAAUUCUCAUCGGACCGAAUUCAGCGAACAAUUUAUUAAAAUUUCAAUUGUCCUCUGACAAACUCUGCAUCACUGAUAUGAGACCCAAGGCCCUCUCCACAGGCUCAGUCCUCGUUAUUCUGUUCUUUGUCUUCACUGGACUGUACUUCAUCGGUGGAGCAGCUAUUCUGAUUUACUGUCGAGGCGCAGUGGGACGAGAAACUAUUCCAAAUUACGAAUUUUGGGCAGAUCUUCCCGCACUCGUUAGAGAUGGAGUCACGUUUACACUCAGUGGUUGUUCAGCAGUGAGUUACGAGAGGAUAUGAAAAAAUCUAUCACAAAUUUUUAUUAAUUGUUAUUGAAAACUUGGGUGAGUACGAUUGAAAAAGCCUAGUCGUUAACUAGUAGCGUUUGGAGGACUCAAAUAUUUCUCGAAUAUUUCGUGCUUAAAGUGUGAGGAAAGCAAAGCCUUCCAAGUAUUGAUAUAUUUUUUCACAUUCGUAAUUAAGGCUCUCUAGAUUUUUAUAAAUUUUACACUGGUAUUAAUUACGAAACACCAAUGUUUAGUUUAUUUUCAACCUUGUAAAGUUGUAUUCAUGUAAGGGAGUUUGUGGAAUUAUGAUAAAAUAAAAUAUAAAUUCAACUUUCACAUUUUCA